AUGUUUCAGGAACGUAAAGUUAUCAUUUUAACAGGUGCCAACUCAGCAACGGAAAAGGCUGUUUUAGCGCUAACAAUUCCACCACAGCAUAAAAUUGAAAUAUCAAAACUUGAUUUAUCAUCAUUUACUUCAAUUAAAUCAUUCGCACAAGGAUUACUUACGAGAGAUUCAACUCUUCCUUUAAAUUUACUAAUAUUAAAUGCCGCAACGAUAAAAUCAACAUUAAGUAAAACCGAAGAUAAUUUUGAAACGACAUUUCAAACCAAUCAUUUUUCAUAUUUUCUUUUGAUUCAUUUAUUAUUAGAUAGAAUUAUAUGGACUUCAGAACAGCAACAACAACGAGCUGAUCCUUUCAUUUCUAGAAUUAUUUUUGUUAGUAGUUCGCUACAUAAACAGAGUGAAGGACAUAAAAAUUUCGAGAGUUUAGACGUAGAAAAUUUAGAUGGUAGCAAAGGUUAUGAUGGUCUUUUAUUUUAUAGGCAUUCUAAAUUAAUGCAGAUGUUAUGUUUUAAUCAAUUAAAUAAGAUACUAGAAAGAGAAGCAAAAGAGAAGGUUUCUUUGAUUGCUAUCGAACCUGGAUUCAUACCUCAAACUGAUCUGUCAAGGGAAAGUGCCAUAUACAUUAAACUCUUAAUGAAAUUUAUUCUUCCUUUAGCUCCUUUUGCUAGGACACCCGAGCAGGGAGGAAUGGUAAUCGUUUAUGCAUCAACGUCACCGGAUCUUGAAAAACAAAGUGGAUUAUAUAUUAAUAAAUGUUGUAAGGUUGACAAAGCAAGUGAAGAUAGUUAUAAAGAAGAUUUACAAAAAAAUUUGGUGGAAUAUUAG